CCUCUCCCCGCCCCGCAUCAGCAUCACCUCCUCCGGCAUAAAUAUCCGCAGAUUGUCGAUCUCACACACAGACAGACACGCGGAGGAGGAGGAACGCAGAGACGCUUCACUUUGGAUUAAGACGCAUUUUGUUUUGAAGAGGAAGAGAAGUACCGCGCACUUGUUUCUGGAGGAGAUUACAGAGAUCUUCAGGAGAGCAUGAAUUUAUUACUGAACCUGCUGCUGCUUCUGUCUGCUCUGAGCUGUGCUGCAGAUCCCACAGAGCUGCAUGACAGACAAAAAAGAGGAACUCGCAAUUAUAGAGAAGCGUGUGUCGACUCUAAUUCGGCUGCGGUCAGGGAUGUUGGUGUGACGUGGCUGCGAUGGAAAGGACUGAAAGUCGAGUUCUGCCGCUGUGCGUUACGAGGAAGAGCUCGCUGUCAUGAGGUCCCUGUGACUAAAUGUUUCGUGUCUAAGUGUUAUAAUGGAGGGACCUGUAAAGAAGCGCUUUACUCCAGUGACUUCAUCUGCCAGUGUCCGCCCGGCUUUACAGGCACACAGUGUGAAAUCAAUACUCUUGAGAGAUGCUCCAGGGGUCAGGGAUUGGGAUAUCGAGGCUCAUGGAGCAUCAGUUCGUCAGGACUGGAGUGUAUUAACUGGAACUCCAGCUCUCUGCGAGGGAAGAAGUUCACUGCGAGGAGACCAGAGGCGAGCACACUGGGUCUGGGAAACCACAACUACUGCAGGAAUCCAGACGGAGACUCUAAACCCUGGUGUUAUGUAUAUAAAAAGGCUCAGAUCUCAUGGGAGUUUUGCUCCUUACCAACAUGUGUAAUAGACCCAUAUCUGGAGUGUGCUCAGAGAUCAGGUCAGACCUACAGAGGGACGAAAGCGGUCACACGCAGCGGUCUGAAGUGUCUGCCGUGGGAUUCACCCGCUGUUUCUCAUAAAAUCUACCAUGCAUGGAGAUCUGAUGCCAGAGAGAUGGGCAUCGGCAGCCACAACUUCUGCAGGAACCCAGACGGAGACCUCGGCCCCUGGUGUCACGUCUAUAAAGGCUCUCAGCUGACCUGGGAACUGUGUGACGUCCCGCAGUGCCCGAGGAAACUUCCCUCAAUCACAACACUUGGACCACGAGCCCCUGCAACAACCAACAAUCAAGGUGUGUGUGGUCAGCGUGAGUCUCCGUCUAACCUGCUGCCGAUGUUUAGGAUCCGCGGUGGUCAGGCCAGUGACAUCAGAGAGCAGCCGUGGCAGGCGGCCAUCACUGUUUACCUGCCGCGCUCAAAAAAACACAACUUCCUGUGCGGCGGCGUCCUCAUAGACUCCUGCUGGAUCCUCUCAGCCGCUCACUGCUUCCAGCAGAGAUAUGAGGAAAGUCGUCUGCGGGUGGUUUUGGGUCGAACCUUCAGGCUCCAGAACUCCAGCAGUGAGCAGAUCUUUGACGUAGAGAAAUACUGGAUUCAUGAACAGUAUGAUGACGAGACCUAUGACAAUGAUAUCGCUCUGCUCAAGCUGAAGAGUGAGUCUGGGAUCUGCGCUGUUCACUCUCCUGAAGUUCUGCCCGCAUGUUUACCAGAACCCAACCUGGUUUUACCAGACUGGACGGAGUGUGAGAUCUCUGGUUAUGGAAAAGAGGAAGAGUUUUCUCCGUUUUACUCAGAGAGGAUCAAGCGUGGUCUGGUGCGUCUGUGGCCGCAGGAUCAGUGUGUCCCAGAAAAGCUGUCCGGUCGACUGGUCACCUCAAACAUGCUGUGUGCUGGAGACACCCGAGGCCUGGACGACGCCUGCAAGGGUGAUUCUGGUGGUCCUCUGGUGUGUCAGAAGAACGGCAGGAUGACUCUGAUGGGCUUGAUCAGCUGGGGCGACGGCUGUGGGAAAAAGGACACGCCUGGAGUUUACACACGCGUCACCAAAUACACAAAUUGGAUCUCCAGCAAGAUGAGCGCAAACUGAGACAAGCGCAGACAGAAAACCAUGUGCUGGAGGAAAAACAUCACAUUCACCAUCCUGCUGGAGUGUAUGUGACUGAAGGAGGACAACAUCUGAGACUUUUCUGUGAGUUUUUGCACACCGGACUGCACAUCUGAAUCCAAAGACCAUGUUUUUAGUUCACAGCACACAACGUGGCCUUACAUUUGAGCCUCCAAACUCAACGUUCUGCAAAGGAUGACAUGAAAUACAAGACUUUUGGGUGCUAAAGUGCACACUCUGAUGCACACUGCGCUUUAAAAGUACUUUAGGUUUAGUAUUAGGGCUGCACGAUAUAUAUGACUGCAUAUCAGUAGCAAAUUGUUUUUGAAAUGCAAUAUGUAAAAUGACAGUGUACUUAAAUACUUGCGUUCUCCUUGAGAUAUGUGCGCAGUUUGGUGCAUUAUUAUUAUAAUAAUAUAACUUUGCUGCCUUUUCUGCUUGUACGUAUUAUUUUCAAUUUAAUGUAGCAUAUAUAUGUAAGCAUUAAAUUGAGUAUGCAGUUUACAUUUUAAAACUGUGGUUGGAAAUGGCAAAUGUAAAUUAUAUAAAUUCAUUUUCAUUUUGCACCAAACUUUGCAUGUCUUGAAAAAAUGCAAAUAUAAAAACAGAAAUACCAACAAUAUCACAGUAAUUCGUAACUUUUUGAUUUAGUGGCUAAUUCGUAUGAAUUUGUGUGAUUUUAUUCCUAUAAAUUAGUACGAAUUGCUCAUUUCCCAAUGACGACUUGGUUUAGAGGCGGGGUUUGGUGCCACGCCUCCUUUUAAAAAAUAGUUCAUUUUCGCACGACUGAACUCGUAUAAAUUUGUAUAAAUUAGCCACAAAAGCAGAAAUACCAACAUAAUUACGGCAAUUCAUAACUUUUUGAUUUAGUGGCUAGAUGGUAUGAAUUCGCAUGAUUUUAUUCCUGUAAAUUAGUACGAAUUGCUCAUUUCCCAAUGACGACGGAGUUUAGGGCUGGGGUUUAGUGCCACGCCUCCUUUUAAAAAAUCUUUAAUUUUCGCACGACUGAACUCGUAUAAAUUUGUAUAAAUUAGCCACAAAAACAGAAAUACCAACAAUAUUACUGCAAUUCGUGACUUUUUGAUUUAGUGGCUAAUUUGUAUGAAUUUGUAUGAUUUUAUUCCUAUAAGUUAGUACGAAUUGCUCAUCUUCGAAUGUCGACUUGGUUUAGGGGCGGGGUUUGGUGCCACGCCUCCUUUUACAUUUACAUUUACAUUUAGUCAUUUAGCAGACGCUUUUAUCCAAAGCGACUUACAAAUGAGGACAAGGAAGCAAUUUACACAACUAUAAGAGCAGCAGUGAACAAGUGCUAUAGACAAGUUUCAGGUGUGUAAAGUCUAAGAAGCAAAGCAUUAGUAGAAAUUUUUUUUUUUUUUUUGAGAGAGAGAGAGAGAGAGAGGGCACAGUUAGUGGUAUAGCCAGAGAGGCAGUUGCAGAUUAGGAAGAAAAGUGGAGACUAAACAGUUGCGUUUUUAGUCGUUUCUUGAAGACAGCAAGUGACUCUGCCGUUCUGAUGUAGUUAGGGAGUUCAUUCCACCAACUGGGCAGAUUGAAUGUGAGAGUUCGGGAAAGUGAUUUCUUCCCUCUUUGGGAUGGAACCACGAGUUGACGUUCAUUCACAGAACGCAAGUUUCUGGAGGGCACAUAUAUCUGCAGAAGUGAGAUCAGAUACGAAGGAGCACAGCUAGAGGUCACUUUGUAAGCAAACAUCAGAGCUUUGAAUUUGAUUCGAGCAGCAACUGGCAGCCAGUGCAAACGGGUGAGUAGUGGAGUGACAUGUGCUCUUUUGGGUUCAUCAAAGACCACUCGUGCUGCUGCGUUCUGAAGCAGCUGAAGAGGUUUGAUAGAACUAGCUGGUAGCCCGGCUAGCAGAGAGUUGCAAUAAUCCAGUUUGGAGAGAACAAGAGCUUGAACAAUGAGUUGAGCUGUAUGUUCAGAUAGGAAGGGUCGGAUCUUUCUGAUGUUGUAGAGUGCGAAUCUGCAAGAUCGAGCAGUUCUAGAAAUGUGGUCAGAGACGUUCAGUUGGUCAUCAAUCGUAACUCCAAGGCUUUUUACCAUUUUGGAUGCAGUGAUGGUUGCUCCGUCCAUCUGGAUUGAAAAGUUAUGGUGAAGAGUCGGGUUGGCAGAAACUUCAAGCAUUUCCGUUUUCAUGAGGUUAAGCUGGAGAUGAUGAUCUUUCAUCCAGAGUGAAAUGUCUGACAGGCAGGCUGAAAUGCGAGCUGGAACCGAGGGAUCAUCAGGGUGGAAAGAGAGGUAUAGCUGGGUGUCAUCAGCAUAGCAGUGGUAGGAAAAACCAUGUUUCUGGAUGACUGUUCCUAAAGAUGCCGUGUAGAUAGAGAAGAGAAGUGGUCCAAGCACAGAGCCCUGAGGUACCCCAGUGUUUAGAUGCUGUAGGUUGGACACCUCUCCCCUCCACGACACCCUGAAUGACCUGUCUGAGAGGUAGGAACUGAACCAUUGAAUAACAGUGCCUGCGACGCCCAGUGACUCAAGCGUAGAUAGCAGGAUCUGGUGGUUUACAGUGUCAAAAGCAGCUGAUAAAUCCAGCAAGAUGAGGACAGAUGAUUUAGAGUCUGCUUUAGCCAGUCUGAGAUCCUCCACGACCGAGAGCAGGGCAGUCUCAGUUUAAAAUAAUCUUACAUUUUCGCACGACUGAACUCGUAUAAAUUUGUAUAAAUUAGCCACAAAAACAGAAAUACCAACAAUAUUACUGCAAUUCGUAACUUUUUGAUUUAGUGGCUAAUUUGUUUGAAUUUGUAUGAUUUUAUUCCUGUAAACUAGUACGAAUUGCUCAUCUCCCAAUGACGACUUGGUUUAGGGGCGGGGUUUGGUGCCACACCUCUUUUUAAAAUAAUCUUACAUUUUCACAUGACUGAACUCGUAUAAAUAUGUAUAAAUUAGCCACAAAAACAGAAAUACCAACAAUAUUAUGGCAAUUCGUAACUUUUUAAUUUAGUGGCUACUUCAUAUGAAUUUUCGUAUAAUGAAUUCGUAUAAAUUUGUAUAAAUUAGCCAGUAAAUUGACCAAAUGUAAAGUAGUUGUUUUCUCGUAAGAUCAGGCUGAUAAUACAUUGACAUUAAACAUAUCCACUUGUUAAGUGUGACAUCACGCAAAGUGGCUUCCGGGUCCAAGCGCUAUAUCAAACUGUAUGGGGAGACUCAUCAAAUGGUAAUAGUAAACGUUUACAAAGCUAUGAAAUACUUUGGAAAAUCAUGUUUGCAAUAUAUAUAAUCACACCUAUUGUGACGAUGAUCAGAAAGUGAUUCAUUUUUUAUAAAUUGUUAAAAUUUUGGUAUUUGUGAUGCAGCAAGUCUAGAGACUGUUGUGUACACCAUGAUGUUAUAUAAAAUUCACUUUAAUAUGUGUUGUGACUAAAAAGUGGACAUAAACUAAUAUGUUCUCAUAUCAAAUGAUUAGCGGCUUGGACCCAGAAACAGUAUUCCAUACGUCACCGAUACGUCACGACUUGACUUAAGAGGAUAGCAUGGCAUUUUGCAUAUUACCAUUCAAAAUGAAUACACGAUACUGCGAAAAUAUGCAAUGAUGUUGAUGUGUAUUACAAUAGUAUUCCUUGUGACAUAGCAUCGAUGACUGUGGAAGUGGGUCUAAAGAUAGUACAGCCCAUCUGAUUGGUCAAAUUUGGAUAAACAAUCUAUGCAUGUAACAAACAAAUGGAUGCCACAUAAAAUCAAUUUAUUUAAUUGCACCACUUUGCGAUACAGAUAUUGCAUAUACUAUAAUUUUUACUAUUAUUAUUUACUUUUGCUAUCGUUUUUCUGAUAUAUUGUGCAGCCCUGUUUAGAAUAACAGAUUUCGAGGCAUUUGGCUUUUGCUUUUAAAUAGUACAUAAGUGAUGCCACUUUUGAAUGUUGCGUGAUGCUUUUAUACAAUGUUGUAAUGAGGAUUACUUGUAAUAAUGGUGGAGUUUUCUAAACUUCUGCUGGGUCAGAGAAACGUUUGUUUUCAUGCUAACAGACUCAUUGGACUGUAUUUAAUAUUUCUUGUUAACUGGAUGGGUGACUGCAGAUCAACCCAAAUCUAAAGUUAUUAUGGAAUUUAGACGUCGGGAUGCAUAUUAAGUUAAUAUUUAAGUAUUUAACAUACCUUUUAUAAACUUUUAUAGACUUGAACAGUCAGCUAGUGCUAAAUUAUUGUCUUUUUUAUACAGUAAAUGCUUGUACAUUAUUUUUUGCCUGGCUUUUUAUAUUAAAAAAAUGAAAUUAAAUGAGUUUUGUCUUCCUGUAUUAGUUUUGAGUUGAGAUGUUUAGUGAAGUUACAGUGUCUGAAUGUGAAUGAGUGAGAAACAGUUGCAAAAUAAAAGUCAUUUCAAUCCAAAAAA